AUUGAACACGUCAAACACGGGGUGGGCCAGAGCCUACAGAAUGGCCAAGAGAAGCUCCAUCAGAUGUGGCUGGUCUGGAGCCAGAGGCAUCCUGGGAACUGCGAGCCACUGGAUUCAUCAGCACAGCCAGAGGUCGAGUCCCGGACGCUGGUCAUGUUUCGUGGGCUGACUCAACAGGUGCAGCUUUCCUAUUUGACCCUCAUGUCCCAGCUCCGGGGUCUGCCCACCAGCAUCCAAGACAAAGCCAAGUGGAUCUUGUGCACGUUGGAGUACCUCAGCAUAUCCUUCAGGACCGCCGGUUCCUUCCAAGAGGUGCCCUCCGCCACGUUGGCUGAGAGCUGCCAACGGAUCGUCAAAGCCCGGGGUUCGGUGGACGAGAUCGUGGACUAUGUGGUGCAGAAUGUUCCCCUGCCUUGGGUGGUGGGGCCUUUCGCCCCCAGCUUGGUGGAACUGCCUUACGCCUCCGGCAUGGAGGGGAACGAGGAAGGAGAAGACCCCACAUCCAAAUUCGCUGCGGGGCCCAACAUGAGAGCAGAGGGAGACGAAAAUUUGGAGAGUUGCAGGAGAUGUCUUUUGAAAAUGGCUCCUUCCAACACUUAGAACAGCUGAAAAACUAAAAAAAUAUAUAGAAUUUUAUCAGGGAUGUGGAUUUCAGAAAGCUUGCCUUGUCUACUCUCAAGUUGUGCCUUCAGAAGAAAUUUUCUCCCCCUCGGGCCCUUUCAGAUACAGGCAGUCCUCGACAUACGACCGCAGUGGGUCCCAGAAUUUUAUGUGGCUAAGUGAGAAAUCCGUUCGAGUUUAUUGCUUUUCUCGCCACAUUUUGUCAAGGAGAAAGCAGGGCAGUUGUUAAAUUAGUAAAACGGUCGUUAAGUGAAUCUUGUU